AUGGGAAGGGUUUUGAACAUCUUUACAAGAUUUCGCAGAAAGCCCCGUACCAAAAAGUUCGAACUCAACCACGUACCAUUGUGCACGCCUCAGUCCGCUCUUGACAAGAAGAUCUUUUAUCCCAACUGGAAGCCUAGGCCCGAAUGGAGACGUCGAAGAGGCCUUGACUUUGUUGGGAACCCUUGCUGGAUAUUCACGAGCCCAGAUGACCCAGAUCUCCACUUCGACGAGAUGCAACUGAAGCUCUACCGAAACCUCUCCUUUCGUCCGGUCUUCGAAAAUUUACAACUCACCUACGAGCACACCAAAGACCCUCCGCUUGAAUGCAUCACCAGUCCGGCUGCUUUGGAAACCGCAAAACCGUAUUGCAUCGGCGAAUAUUGCUCUUGGAAAGAUGAAGUCAUUGUGGAGGAUAGCUGGGACCUUAAGCUUCAGUGCAUCUAA